AGCUGUCCUGGUAGCAGUCUCUGGCUGAGACUCUCACACUCGGGAAUAGUCUGUGCCACAAAACUUCUCUCCUUGAGGAUUUCUCAUGUGCAUCUGACAAGGUUCUGGAUUCCCAGGCACACACGCCACAUCAUACCCUGCCUAAAUACAGAAUGAGAAUAUGGCCGCCAAGAAGCUUCCUGCCGGCCCUGACAGCCUGCGGCGAUUUAACAGAGAGAGCCUUGCAAAAAUAGAAAAGCGAAUUGAAGAAGAGCAGAUCCGGAAAGCUAAGCAGAUUGAAGUGCUUGAUGAAGAUAUACUAAAGCCUAACAAUGGCCUAGAAGUUGGAAAAAAUCUACCACUUAUAUAUGGUGAUCCCCCAUCAGAACUGAUUGGUGUGCCCCUAGAGGAUCUGGAUCCUUUCUAUGGAAACCAAAAGACAUUCAUUGUCCUGAAUAAGGGCAAAGCAAUAUUUCGGUUCUCUGCUACCAAAGCUUUAUAUCUACUGGACCCUUUCAAUCCUUUGAGAACUGGGGCUAUUAAAGUGCUGAUCCACUCAAUAUUCAGUUUUUUUAUUAUGAUAACAAUCUUAACAAAUUGUGUCUUUAUGACCAUGAGUGACCCACCUUCCUGGUCCAAAAAUGUGGAGUGGACAUUUACAGGCAUUUAUACUUUUGAGUCUUUGAUAAAGAUCUUUUCCCGAGGGUUUUGCAUCGACAGUUUUACAUUCCUCAGGGAUCCCUGGAAUUGGCUGGAUUUCUGUGUCAUUGUCAUGGCUUACACCACAGAGUUUGUAGAUUUGGGGAAUGUGUCUGCUCUUAGGACAUUCCGUGUCCUCCGUGCACUUAAAACAAUCACUGUAAUUCCAGGUCUGAAGACCAUUGUCGGAGCCCUCAUUCAGUCAGUGAAAAAGUUGUCCGAUGUGAUGAUUCUGACUGUAUUCUGUCUGGCUGUCUUUGCACUAAUUGGUCUUCAACUGUUUAUGGGAAAUCUGAGGCAGAAGUGCGUCCGAUGGCCACCCCCUGAAGACGCCUAUGAAUAUUUCCGAAAUGAGACCUUAAGCUCUAUGUCGGCUGUUUACAAUGACACAGACAUGUACGAAAAUAUAACUAUAGACUGGACUCCCUACUUCAACAAUCUGUCAAACUUUUACUUCCUGGAAGGCGCAUUGGACCCUCUUUUAUGUGGGAACAGCAGCGACAGUGGGAAAUGCCCAGAAAGUUUUACAUGUAUGAAAACUGGCAUAAAUCCCAACUAUGGGUACACCAGCUUUGACUCAUUCAGCUGGGCUUUUUUGGCUCUCUUCAGGCUGAUGACUCAGGACUAUUGGGAGAACCUCUUUCAGCUGACCCUCCGAGCAGCUGGUAAGACAUACAUGGUUUUCUUUGUGUUGGUGAUUUUCCUGGGCUCAUUCUAUCUUAUCAACCUUAUCCUCGCUGUUGUGGCCAUGGCUUAUGAUGAGCAGAAUGAAGCCACCAUUCAGGAAGCCUUAGAAAAGGAGAGAGAAUUUCAGGAUCUACUGGAACAGCUUAGGAAACAUCAGGAGGAGCAGGGUCAACGGAAAGAGAGUGUGGCAUCUGUGGGGCUUCUUAAUGAAGAAAAUAAGAAAUCACCCUCCCAACAAGACCUAGCAGAUGAUGACACAGACAAGAGAGACUGCAAUGGGAGAAUAAUACCCAGAGUGGUGGUUGAAAAAAUCACUUCUCAAGAAGAUGAUGCAAGUUCAGUUAAGACGGAUCUUGAGAAAAAUUCCAAAAUGUAUCUGGAGGAACCAACCUUGCUGAAGAAGACAAGGAGCUCAGUCAGUGUUGUUUCUGAUGCCAUGUUAGAAGAGCUAGAGGAAGCCCAGCAGACAUGCCCACCCUGGUGGUACAAGUUUUCAAAUAGGUUCCUGAUUUGGGACUGCUGUGCUCUAUGGGUGAAGUUUAAGGGAUGCGUGCGGUUUGUGGUAAUGGAUCCCUUUGUAGACCUUGGCAUCACUAUCUGCAUUGUUCUCAAUACGCUUUUCAUGGCUAUGGAGCAUUAUCCAAUGACUGAGCAGUUUGAGCAGGUGCUGUCUGUGGGAAACCUAGUGUUCACUGGCAUUUUUGCAGCUGAAAUGGUCUUUAAGAUCAUUGCUUUGGAUCCUUAUUACUAUUUCCAGGUGGGAUGGAACAUAUUUGACAGCAUUAUAGUCACUCUGAGCUUGGUGGAGCUGGGUCUGGCCAAUGUGGAAGGUCUGUCAGUGCUGCGUUCUUUCCGUCUGCUCCGGGUCUUCAAACUUGCCAAAUCUUGGCCCACGCUAAACAUGCUUAUCAAAAUCAUUGGUAACUCUGUGGGGGCUCUAGGGAACCUCACUCUUGUCCUGGCCAUCAUUGUAUUCAUCUUUGCGGUGGUUGGAAUGCAGCUUUUUGGGAAGAGCUACAAAGAGUGUGUUUGCAAGAUUAAUUCAGACUGUGUGCUUCCACGAUGGCACAUGCAUGACUUCUUCCAUUCUUUCCUCAUUGUGUUCCGGAUCCUGUGCGGAGAGUGGAUCGAAACCAUGUGGGAUUGCAUGGAGGUAGCAGGGCAAGCUAUGUGCCUGGUUGUCUUCUUGAUGGUCAUGGUGGUGGGAAACUUGGUGGUGCUAAAUCUUUUUCUGGCCUUGUUGCUGAGUUCCUUUAGUGCUGACAACCUGUCUGCCUCUGAUGAUGAUGGAGAGAUGAAUAACCUACAGAUCGCCAUAGGGAGAAUAACCAGGGGUAUAGACUUUUUGAAAAAAAUCGUCCUGUCCAUUGUGCCAUUUAAAAAAAAGGCGACAAAGGAAGAUGAGGGUGAGGAUGUAAACAAAGAGAGCUUUGCUCUAAAUCAUGUAGAGACUGAGGAGGAGCCCAAGACUGAAUGUCCAAUUGUUGAUGGUUUGGUGAAAAAACAACGCUACAUCAUGAAUGAAUUUGAUCAUAUUAAUCUGAUAAAUAACCCGCACUACAGAAUAGAGGUGCCCAUCGCUUCUGAAGAGUCUGACCUAGAUGUUCCCGAUACAGAUGAGCUCAGUACACAAUCAGAGCUAGAUGAGGCAAUAAUAAGACCAAAGCGGACGUUUGAUGAUGACUAUUCUGAGUGUAGUACAGUAGAUUAUAAACCCCCUGACCCAGAAAAGGAAGAAGAUGCUUUAGAACAUAAAGAAGAGGAUGGCCCGGAACAAUGUUUUACUGACGCAUGUAUAAGAAGAUUUCCAUUCCUGAAUGUUGAUAUCACAACAGAAAAGGGAAAACUAUGGUGGAAUAUACGGAAAACCUGUUUCAAGAUUGUUGAGCACAACUGGUUUGAAACAUUUAUUAUCUUCAUGAUUCUGCUCAGCAGUGGUGCCCUGGCAUUUGAAGAUAUUUACAUUGAACAAAGGAAAGUUAUAAGGACUAUGUUGGAGUAUGCUGAUAAAGUGUUUUCCUACGUAUUUGUAAUUGAAAUGUUGCUAAAAUGGACAGCAUAUGGCUUCAAGGUGUAUUUUACUAAUGCUUGGUGCUGGCUGGAUUUCCUUAUUGUUGAUGUGUCUUUGAUCAGUUUGACUGCUAACUGGUUGGGUUAUUCAGAACUUGGCGCUAUCAAAUCCCUGAGAACAUUGAGAGCCCUCAGACCAUUGAGAGCAUUGUCAAGAUUUGAAGGCAUGAGGGUGGUGGUGAAUGCAUUACUGGGUGCCAUCCCUUCCAUCAUGAAUGUGCUGCUGGUUUGUUUAAUCUUCUGGCUUAUCUUCAGCAUCAUGGGAGUCAAUCUGUUUGCUGGGAAAUAUUACAAAUGUAUUAACAGCACAACGUCUGAAAUGUUUGACACCUCGGUGGUGAACAAUCGCUCCGAUUGCUUUGCUUUAAAUUACACAGAAGAAGUGCGGUGGGUCAAUGUCAAAGUGAAUUUCGACAAUGUGGGUCUGGGAUACCUGUCCCUGCUGCAAGUGGCAACCUUCAAAGGCUGGAUGGACAUCAUGUAUGCAGCUGUGGACUCUAGGGAUAUUGAGGAUCAACCAGAGUAUGAAGUAAACUUGUACAUGUAUUUGUACUUUGUCAUAUUCAUCAUUUUUGGUGCAUUCUUCACGCUAAACUUGUUUAUUGGUGUCAUCAUAGACAACUUUAACCAGCAAAAGAAAAAGUUUGGAGGAAAAGAUAUCUUCAUGACAGAAGAACAGAAAAAAUACUACAACGCUAUGAAAAAACUAGGGUCUAAGAAGCCAGUGAAACCGAUUCCUAGACCAGAGAACCCAGUCCAAGGAGUCGUCUUUGAUUUUAUCUCAAAACAAGCCUUUGACAUUGUUAUUAUGAUUUUGAUUUGCCUCAACAUGGUGACAAUGAUGAUUGAAACAGAUGAUCAGAGUCAACAGAAAAUAGAUAUACUCUUCAAUAUCAACCUUGUGUUCAUCGUCAUCUUCACUGCAGAGUGUGUCCUUAAAAUGUUCGCUCUAAGAUAUUAUUUCUUUACUAUUGGAUGGAAUAUUUUUGACUUUGUGGUGGUCAUCCUUUCUAUAGCUGGAAUUGUCCUCUCAGACCUCAUAGCGGAGUACUUUGUCUCCCCCACACUUUUCAGAGUGAUCAGACUUGCACGAAUCGGGAGGGUUCUUCGACUUAUUAAAAGCGCUAAGGGAAUUCGGACGCUGCUCUUCGCCCUAAUGAUGUCUCUUCCAGCCCUGUUCAAUAUUGGGCUGCUCCUGUUCUUAGUUAUGUUUAUAUAUUCAAUAUUUGGGAUGUCCAACUUUGCUUAUGUGAAGAAGGAAUCUGGAAUUGAUGAUAUGUUUAAUUUUGAGACGUUUGGAAAUAGUAUGAUUUGCUUAUUCAUGAUUACCACUUCAGCUGGAUGGGAUGGGCUUUUGAAUCCAAUUCUUAACAGCAGCCCUCCAGACUGUGACCCUCAUUUAGAGAACCCUGGAACUGCAGUGCAUGGGAACUGUGGGAAUCCAUCCAUGGGCAUUAUGUUCUUUUGCAGCUACAUCAUUAUUUCUUUUCUGAUUGUUGUCAAUAUGUACAUUGCCAUUAUCUUGGAGAACUUCAAUGUGGCUACAGAAGAAAGCAGUGAACCUCUCUGUGAGGAUGACUUUGAGAUGUUUUAUGAAACUUGGGAAAAGUUUGAUCCCGAUGCAACUCAGUUUGUUGAAUACAGCCGGAUGUCAGACUUUGUAGAUACCUUACAAGAGCCUUUACGAAUACCAAAACCGAACAGAAUUAAACUAAUUACCAUGGACCUCCCCAUGGUAACUGGAGAUAAGAUACACUGCCUGGACAUAUUAUUUGCACUGACUAAAGAUGUGUUGGGGGACUCGGGGGAAAUGGAUGCUUUAAAAGCUUCAAUGGAAGAAAAAUUUAUGGCGGCUAAUCCAUCCAAAGUGUCGUAUGAGCCCAUUACUACCACUUUAAAAAGAAAACAGGAAGAAGUCAGUGCCAUCAAAAUCCAGAGAGCAUUCCGGAGGCAUCUUCUCAAACGCUCUGUAAAACAGGCUUCCUAUGUCUACCGCCACAGCCAGGAUUUGGACUCUACAGUCAAUGAGCUUCCUGAGAAAGAAGGCCUGGUAGCGGAGAGAAUAAGCUUGGCAUAUGAUCAAUAUGUAGAGGAAGGAGGAACAAAUGGGGCUCAGAAAUCAAGAUCUACAAACAGAUACUCUCGAAGCAGUGGAGACGAUUAAAUAGCCCUCCAGUUUGAUUAUACGAUGGAAAUAAUAAUUUGACAACUGAAAAGACUGAUUGUUCCACCUUUGGCACAGUUACCUGCGGAAGGUCGUCUCUACUAUGGUAUCGAAGUCUGGUCACAGCAGUAGCUCGUGUUUCACGAACGAGAAGGUGUCAGAGUACUAGGGGACUAUCUUCCUGUACGUUUUUGGUUUCAUAUCUUGAGUGAAGAAGAUAUAUAGAGUAGAACUCAUUAAGUCUUACCCUUGGCCCUGUUGGAUGAACUCUUGGCCACCACUUCAAUUACAGUAUAAGAAAGACAUGUCAUUCAGUCUGUAUGACCCAUAUUCAGUCAUCACUAAGUACAUCCAAGAUUUUCUGAAAUCUAGCACAUCUAAAAACAAAGUAAUUGUUAGAAGUAUGGAAAAUUAUUUUACACCUGUCCUUUUUUUUUUUUUUCUUCAGAGUGAGACUUUCAAUACAAUGAUUUUCAAACCGUUUUUUUUACAUUUCUGUGUAACUUCUGUAUAAUUUAUUAAUUUAUACACAGACCUCACAACAAAUAUCUAAUAUUGAUUAUACAACUUUCCUUAAUCUAUCUUUCUUUCUUUCUUUCUUUCUUUCUUUCUUUCUUUCUUUCUUUCUUUCUCAGUAAAUUAUACAUCUAGUAAUUGGACAAUGAAAUGUUAGUACAUAUAGUGUAGUUGUUGAUACUGUGAAGUAUUCAGAUUAUUUAACUUAAAUUAAUACUACUACUACUACUACUACUACUACUACUACUACUACUACUACAGGUAGUCUCCCAUAUCCAAAAUGCUUGGGACUAGAAGUAUUUUGGAUAUGGGUUUUGUCCGUAUUUUGGAAUAUUUGCAUACCAUAAUGAGAUAUCUUGGGAAUGAGACCCAAGUCUACAUUUAUGUUUUCUAUACACCUUAUACACAUAGGCUGAAGGUAAUUUUAUACAAUAUUUUUAAUAAUUGUUUGCAUGAAACAAAAUUUGUAUACACUGAACCAUCAGAAAGCAAAGGUGUCACUAUCUCAGCUGCUCUUCAAAAAUCUUGGAUAUGGGAGACUUAACCUGUUUAUGCAACAUCACCAUUUAAUUGUUAUGUCUUUAGGUCAAUAAAUUCUGUUUUUGUCGUGAAAUGCGUUCAUUAGUACUCACAAGUUUGUCAGUAGAAUGUAAGAUUAUUAGAAGCUUUACCAUGAAGAACUUUUAAUAUGUAAUAAUGUUUUCUGUUUAAUGCUAAUAUAAUGUCUAAGGAUUAAUGUUCACUGUGUAUGUUAAAGCUGAACACGUUCUGCAGCCAUUUGGUCUUACAAACCUUUCCCCUGCAGAUAAAACUGAAACCACCUUGCACAGGUUAGGUUGAAAUAUUUUUUUCUGUCUUUAAGCCACUCUGUGGGAUUUGUGAUGCCUAUAGCUAUUUACUGACAGUAUGUUUACAUUUCAGUUUAUGUAAAGAGAAUUCCAGUACUGAGAGCUGUGUAAUUUUACAUCGAAUGCCUGUAUAUAUUCCUGUUUAGUGCUGGAAGCAUAAAUGAUUGCAAUUAAAGCAUAGAUACUAUUCUUGUACAUUUCAGUAAUUAUAAUAAAUUAUUCAUUUGAAAGUUUGGAACUGCUUGCAUUGUAUGUACGAUAUUGCUCCAGUAAUUAUCAGACAAUCAUUCUGUGACCUGCUGUGUAAUUCACAAAGCUCCUAAAUGAGCUUUUCUUAAAAAAACAAAACAAUGUUUGUAACCAAAAGAUCACAAUGCAAAAACUAAAGCAAAGAUUUGUUUUCUUCAUUAAUGGUUACUGAUUUAAAUAGAUCUACCUAUAAAAAAAAAUAUUAAUGCUAGUUAACAAUAGAAAUUGAAGUUGUACCUCUUUGUGCUAUCAUAAGCCAGAGACCUGUCUAAGAACAGUGAGAAAAAUAAGUGGAACCUUCUAAUGAGGAGAUAAGUAUAAAACAAGUGAUCUAUGUCUAUUUGGGUGUAGUGGUUUUCUAUGUUAAAUCGGUAAUUUAAGAUAUAAAAAAAACAAAUCAAUGUAGGCUCACAGAAACAUAGAAUGGCAGAUGGGCCUCUUUUUCCUCACUGAGCAGAGAUUUAUCAAAGCUUGGAGAGUGCUAUAGUAGUGAGAGAUAAAGUACCAAGCAAUCAGCUCUUAACUGUCAGUUUACAGGCUGUGUUUGAAAAAGGGCAGUUAGGAGCUGACUGACUGGUACAUUAUCUCUCUCCAAGCUUUGAUGCAUCUCUUCCUGGUAAUAGAGUCCGAGUUUUCCGGCCGAUCUUGGACAUUUUUUUAAAGCGGCAAUCAUUUACAAAACCAUGCCUUGUGAAUGAUUGCCAGUUUAAAAAAAACAUUGUCCGGAAUCCCGCAACUCCGGCAAACCCGGGCCCUAUUACAUAGGCCCCUUAGGAGUUUUUUUACACUUGAAUUUUUAUUAACGGUUUUGCAAAAAUAUCACAUUAUUACAGAUGUAUUGCAAACCUCUCAUUUAAUCUGAAUGCACUGCAAAAUACAAAAAUACACUGCAACAAUGUCAUUUUAGAAGAGCCAUUAAAACCUAAUUUCUGCAGUUAAACAAAAUAACCGUCCCCUUACAGCAUUAAUUUGGUAAUGUAUACAGCCGGUCUAACAUAUACUUACAUGAAGAAACAACAGAAAACACAUUUCAUCAAGAUUAUUUAGCAAAACUUUAUGUAAUGAGUUUGUACUAUAGUUUAUUGGUAAAUAUAAGAAUUCCCUAUGAUCAAGUACAUUUAUUUGUUAGGAGAGUCCCACCAGAGCUUAGUGUGACAGACCUGCAGCAUUGUGCACCUAUCUCACUGUGACAUCUAAAAUGACAUGAUACGUUAAAACACAUGUUUAUUAAAGUCACCCUGUUUAAUCCCUAAACACAUGGAAUCAUGAAUAUAUCUCCUCUUAUAUCUCAUGUACAGAUGCAUGACCCAACGUAUAGGUCACAAAACACCAGCAACCUGGCGUAGAGGUGUCCUUUCAUUCCUCAUCAAUAUUCACAGGCAUCUUAAAUUUCAUUUGUUCUGUAUCCUCAACAAAAUUGCCCUGAUAUCAGUAUCACUUCCCUUUGCCCGUACUAAUGUUGUACACAUUUUAUCAAUAAACAUUAUGUACUUACAUGUGCAAUUCUGCCUGGAAAAAGCAAAAUAUUUGUAUGUGUCAAUAAAAACAACAAGACAGCUUUAA